AAGUAAAACAAAGAGUAAUUUAUACUUUCAGCAUGCUAGUAUGAUGAAUGGGAGUCCAUGGGGUGUGACAGUGUUCCAGGCUCCAGCUGGUGACCUCCACGAUAAUGCUACCAUCAACCUCCUCUCUCAUCUCCUUCUCCGGGCACAACGGGUGCGGGUGUUGUCGUGGUGUGUGAGGAUGGUGGUAGUGAGUCAAGACCCAGUCUUCCUGGCCACCUUUGCUGAGAUCUCUCUCAAGAAGCGUCUUCUGGUGUGGGACACUAAACUGUUGGUGCUCACUUGUCUCUCCCUGACGCAGCUUCACACCCUCAUCUCCUCCUACUGGACCUUCACUAUGAUGAACACUGUCUUUCUUAAUGUGGAGAGUCGUCUAAACCUCAGAGUGAGCAUGUAUACCCGGCUACCAUACACCUCAGAGGGCGCCAAGGUCGUCAACUUUGCCUUGUGGACAAUAAAACGCGGCCUCCUCUUCAAAGAUAUUCUUGCUUUCUUCCCAUCCAAGUUUUCCAAUUUCUACGGUGCCACGGUGAAUGUGACAGCAUUACCAUUCGCACCGUUCUGGGACGCAGUGGAAGGACCAGGCGACACCAUACUUUACACCGGCUCAGAUUACUUUCUCCUGAUGGCCAUCGCCGAAGCACUCAACUUUACAGUGUACGUCGUGCCUACAAGCUCCUGGGCGGAGGUAACAGAACGUGUUGAGGAACGGGUGGCUUUCAUGGCCACUGUGUACCACAAUAUGCUGCCAGAACGCUUGCAGCGCUACGACUAUUCCUGGGUGUACGAAUAUGGGUCUCUGGACUUCAGCAUGGCUCAGCCGGGUAUAAAACCCCAGUGGCAGUCACUCUACUACCCUCUCACAGACACUGUGUGGUUGGCUAUCAUUCUAGCCUUGCUCCUCGCCCCGUUCGUCUUGAUUUUGAUUAUUCGUGUAAGUGAGCAAAGGAAGGACGUAGCUAGAACAGACACUGUUGUCGUGGUCCACCACCUGACAGGGAUGCUGCUGGGUCAGAAUCUGCCACGACGGCUGCCCAAGACCUGUUCCAGUCGUGUACUGGUGGCGGUGUGGCUGAUAUUCGGUCUUAUUAUCACGACAGCUUACCGUGGCAACCUGACAGCCUUCCUCUCACUGCCCAAGUACCCACCACGUGCUGAGACACUCCAGCAACUUGUCACUACUGCAGAAAGAAUAACGAUGCCACCAUACGGAGCAGAGUUCAGGAAUUUCUUCCUUAAGUCUGGCUCACAAGUGUUCCAGAGACUGGCGGAGCUGAUCCACAUUGUUCCCUCAGUGGAGAUCGGACUACAAGAAGCCAUCGACAGGAAACAGGCACAUCUAGAAAACCGUCGCUACCAACAGCUUAGGAUAGCUGAACUGUUCACUCGGGCUGACGGAAGCUCAAAACUGUAUAUUGGAAGGGAGAGCGUCCUUCCUGGACAAGCAGCUUGGCCAAUACCUCACGACGCUCCUUACAGACCCAUGCUUGAUCGCUGCCUCAUGGCUGUCAUUGAGGCCGGCCUAUACGAGAAAUGGAGUAAGGAUCUGUUAACAGAAGCCCAGGUAGAGAGCCGCAGAAAAAAGCGAAAUCUGCUUCAGCAGCAACAACAAGAGCAGAAACAAGAGAGAAAGGAGGACUUCGACUCAAACAGCAACAUCGGGAGUCUCACCAUCGAACACCUUCAGGGAGCCUUCAUGCUCCUCCUGCUAGGACUCCUCUUAUCUGGACUCAUUUUCAUCCUGGAGAUUCUGAUGACAACAGCAAAACAGGGGAAAAUGUAUUAAAGCUUUAAACUGAAG